AGCUGGAAGACCCUGCGCCCCAGCUCCCGGGCCCCCGCCCCCUCGCUGUCUCCGCCUCCUUCGCGCACACACACCCCGGGCCGCUAGAGCCCCGGGCCUUCCCGGCGCUCCUCCUCCUCUUUACUCUCGCCCGAGACCCGGGUCCUCCAGCCGCCUGCUGGCCUUGCUCCCUCCGGCGCUAGUCGCGGUUCUCAAGCUCUCCUUUCAUACACGCGCUUGCUGGGCCGGUCCCUCUUCUCGGCCCUUCUCCUUUCCCUUGUCCUAGCUAACGCCGCAGUCGGGGGAGGAUUGAUGUCCCUUCAGCAUCAUGCAGCCGCCGCCGAGGAAGGUGAAAGUUACACAAGAACUGAAAAACAUUCAAGUUGAGCAGAUGACAAAACUUCAAGCCAAACAUCAAGCAGAAUGUGAUUUGCUUGAAGAUAUGAGGACAUUCAGUCAGAAGAAGGCUGCUAUUGAAAGAGAGUAUGCACAGGGUAUCCAGAAGUUGGCUAGUCAAUAUCUGAAGAGAGAUUGGCCUGGAAUAAAAGCUGAUGAUCGGAAUGAUUACAGGAGCAUGUAUCCUGUUUGGAAAUCUUUUCUCGAGGGAACAAUGCAGGUAGCCCAGUCUCGGAUCAAUAUAUGUGAAAAUUAUAAAAACUUCAUUUCUGAGCCUGCAAGGACAGUGAGAAGCUUAAAAGAACAGCAACUAAAAAGGUGUGUGGACCAGUUGACAAAGAUCCAAACUGAAUUACAAGAGACAGUGAAAGAUUUAGCUAAAGGCAAAAAGAAGUACUUUGAGACUGAACAGAUGGCUCAAGCAGUGCGAGAAAAAGCUGACAUCGAGGCAAAAUCUAAACUUAGUCUUUUUCAGUCAAGAAUCAGUUUACAGAAGGCAAGUGUAAAGUUAAAAGCCCGGCGAUCUGAAUGUAAUUCCAAAGCUACCCACGCAAGGAAUGAUUAUCUUCUUACAUUAGCAGCAGCAAAUGCGCACCAGGAUCGCUACUAUCAAACAGAUUUAGUUAACAUUAUGAAGGCUCUUGAUGGAAAUGUGUAUGAUCAUCUGAAGGAUUAUUUAAUAGCUUUCAGCCGGACUGAGCUAGAAGCAUGUCAAGCUGUGCAGAACACAUUCCAGUUUUUAUUAGAAACCUCCGGCAAGGUGGUACGGGAUUAUAAUCUUCAGCUGUUUUUACAAGAAAAUGCUGUUUUUCACAAACCCCAGCCCUUCCAGUUCCAGCCUUGUGACAGUGAUACUAGCCGACAAUUAGAAUCAGAAACUGGGACCACAGAGGAGCACAGUCUAAACAAGGAGGCUCGGAAAUGGGCCACACGUGUGGCACGUGAGCACAAAAACAUUGUUCACCAGCAACGGGUUCUAGAUGAUCUGGAAUGUCAUGGAGCUGCAGUAUCAGAACAAAGCCGAGCAGAGCUGGAACAGAAAAUAGAUGAAGCUAGAGAAAAUAUUCGUAAAGCAGAGAUAAUUAAGUUGAAAGCUGAAGCCCGGCUGGACCUGCUCAAGCAGAUCGGUGUUUCUGUGGACACGUGGCUAAAGAGUGCAAUGAACCAAGUAAUGGAAGAACUGGAAAAUGAGCGGUGGGCCCGCCUUCCUGCGGUGACCAAUAAUGGCACUUUACACUCGCUUAAUGCAGACACCGAAAGAGAAGAAGGAGAAGAGUUUGAAGACAACAUGGAUGUUUUUGAUGACAGCAGUUCCAGUCCUUCUGGCACCUUAAGAAAUUACCCACUCACCUGCAAAGUUGUUUAUUCCUACAAGGCUUCUCAACCAGAUGAGUUGACCAUUGAGGAGCAUGAGGUGUUAGAAGUGAUUGAAGAUGGAGAUAUGGAAGACUGGGUAAAGGCUCGAAAUAAAGUUGGUCAAGUGGGGUAUGUACCAGAAAAGUACCUCCAGUUUCCCACCUCGAACAGUCUGCUGAGCAUGCUGCAGUCCCUGGCUGCCUUGGACAGUCGGUCACACACAUCCAGCAAUUCCACGGAGGCCGAGCUCGUUUCAGGCAGCCUCAACGGAGAUGCCAGUGUCUGUUUCGUGAAAGCACUUUAUGACUACGAAGGUCAGACAGAUGAUGAAUUAUCUUUCCCGGAGGGAGCAAUCAUCCGAAUCUUGAACAAAGAGAACCAGGAUGAUGAUGGCUUUUGGGAAGGGGAAUUCAGCGGGCGGAUUGGAGUUUUCCCAUCCGUGCUGGUGGAAGAACUUGCAGCCUCAGAAAAUGGUGACACUCCAGGGAUGAGAGACAUUCAGAUCUCUCCGUCGCCCAAGCCGCCCGGCUCCCUGCCUCCGUUGCCGCUGUACGACCAGCCUCCCAGCAGCCCCUACCCCAGCCCGGACAAGAGGAGCUCCCAGUACUUCCCCCGCUCUCCCUCAGCAACCGAAAACAGCGUCCAGGCGGAAUCGCCAGGGUUCUCACAGGCACCGAGGCAUACUCCCGAGGCUGCAUAUGGCAAGCUGCGACCUGUCCGGGCAGCUCCCCCUCCGCCUACACAGAACCACCGAAGGCCAGCAGAGAAGAUCGAGGAUGUGGAAAUCACACUGGUGUGAUGAUGGGUUUGCCCAUCUGUUACUGCUACAAUCAAGGUCAGGCUUGGAGUUUGGCCAGUCUUGUUUUUUAGGCACCUUUGCAUGAUGAUGACUCUUGAACAGAGCGAAAACCAGGAGGAUUAUAUGUGACUGGUUGGCCUGGUGGACUCCUCCCACAUGUUGAAUAUUUUGUGCCUUUUUUUGUUGCCAUUUUCUAUGUCAUCUCUCCUACCAUAGCACAAAUUCUAGCGGGCCCUCGAAACAGAGGGACAGCCCUUGUGCCUAACAGUGGUCCAUUUUUAUAUGAGACUCAAGACCAGGCCUCGUUCAGGGCACAGUCACAGAGAAACUGAUCAUGUGCACUCGUACAGUAUAUUACUGUGGCCACAGGAUGUGGCAGAGAUUCUCAUCUUCAAGUGGCUUUUGCUUAUCUGAUUAAGUUUAAUCAGAUCAUGUUGGCUACAUGAGGAAGCAGAAGGAGGGGUUUUGGGGGAGGCUGGCUCCUCCCUGCAGUUAGUCCCCAGAAUGAGAAAGUGGAACAUUAUUGGAAACAAGUGGACUGACCUGAGUCUAGCGCCAAUUGCAUUAAUGCACAUCUCUUCCACAACUAACAGAUUUAAAACAAUAACAGUGUCUUUUGUAUUAAUAUUUAUGCCAUUCAUUUAGUAUUAGUGGAGCUAAUAUGGAGGGGCUGAACUAGCAGCCAAAUCUUGUCCAUCACAUAGAAUAGUAGAAAGGAGGCUGCGGCUAAGGCAGAAAUGGAGCUUCCAGAUCUGAAAUGAGCCGAUUUAAUGUUCUUUUUGUAUCUGGGUAUUUUUCAUCUUAAUUUUUGCAGCACAUACUCUUCUGACCAGUAUCCUUAGGCUCUGAAUGUCUAGAUAAAUCGGGGACACAUACUUGCCUUGUUGAGCUGCUCUACUGGAGAGCCCCAGCAUCGUUUUACUCCCAAGCCAGUGUACUGGCCCCGCCAGCCAGGUUGUGACUGGUCCAGCCCAGCGGUCACCCCCGACAGAAAAUGCAGCUUCCCAGGUCCCACUGACCUGACAUUUCCUUGGGAGGAAGAACCUGUGGCUCGUGGAGGAAACCAGCUUCCUAUGAAAAAAGGACUAAAGGAUUGCACAUCCCGCACAAGUGCAAAUUGAUGAGAAAAGACAAGUUCUCUGCAUCGUAGGGAGAGCCAGGGUAACGUCCUCCACGGGCCGGCCAGCCCACGGAGCAGGUGUCCCAGAGCAGGCCUCUGCUGGCUCUCUACUUCCUAUGGAAGACAGGGAGUGUGUUACCUAGGGACUAAGGGAUAUUUGCCAGUUGCUUUUUUUUUUUUUUUUUAAGAAGUCAAAUUUGCAGGAUUUAAUCUAAAAGAUUUAUUAUGCUUUGAAAACUCCUAAGACUCUAGAAACUUGAAAUGCUCGCCAAAUGUCCCCAUGGGAUUUUUUUAAGGUCAUAGCUGAAGAAAUUUUCAAUUAGUCAUUUGAUCAUUUCAGCGACAAUACCCAUUGAUGAAUCUUCUCCGUGAUUUGGGGUUUUUUUGUUUCUUUUUUUGUUUUCGUUGUUGUUUCUGCAUUUCUUAACUAGUUGAUCUAUUUGAGGUCUUUUUGUGUUAUCAAACUUAUUCUUAAGUUUAAAAAAUAAAUUAAAAGGGUGGUUUUUUAAAAAAGAUUUUAAAGUUUGCCUACACGUUAAACAUCUUCAAAGCACUUUAAAAAUCUUCAAAGUGCUUAAAUAAGGCAGUUCUUGCCACCCAGUCUUGUAUUCUCUCUUUAUUUAGCCAAAUUGUCCUUGAAUCUGGGUUUUCCACAUUCUCAGAGGGUUAUUUGAAAUUUUGUUAUAUUUUAAAUAUUUUUUGGAAGAGCUGCUAAUUUUAUUUUUAAAAAACGAACUUAUAAAAAUAAGCCUCCUUUUUAAGAAGAACCCCUCCUUCCAGGACAUGUAACCCAGCAUCCCAGCGCACAGGGCCGGGCUCAGAGGGAGCACCUCUGUGCAAAUGUGCUUUCUUUACGUAAAGUGGCUGUAAAAAGUUUGUAUUUAUUAUGUAUAAAAUGUUGAAUAAUAAAAAAAUGGAAUUAAGUUUUCUAAGUUUACUUAUAAAAAGAUUUGGGUACACAGACUUUUCCAAAUAGACAGUGUUUCUUAUAAAGAGAUACUCUUAGGCUCUCCUUUAACCAUACAACAGAUACAGAGAGGGGGAAGUAAAUUAAUACAUGGGACAAACAGUCCCUGAUGCCACCCACCUGCCAGGUAUAACAUUCUGGACCCUAGAGAUAGUAAUAAAUAAGCUGUGGCCUUUGCUUUCAAGAUUCUUUUCAGGGUGGGGGGACAGGUACAUACAUGAUAGUACCGUGUGACAUGUGCUGGGAGGGGAGGACAGUGUGCUGAGGGAGCUGAGCAUGGAGCUCUGAUUCUGCAGCUGGAGGGACAAGAGGAAGGUCACUGAAGUCCCCUCGGAGGAUGUAACCACUGGCUUCUAGGAAGUGGGAAUUCUGGACUCCGCAGCCCUUUCCUCAACCUCCACCCUAAGGAGUAAUGAGUCAAGCAGAGCGUAUACUGGUCCCAGGCGUGGAUGGAUUCCUGGUUAAAGGCUGAAUCCCUCUGGCUCCCAGCCAGCCACACUGAGGACCAGGACUCGGCAUGUUUGGGGAGAGGCCCCACAGCUCUCCUUUCCAGAACUGGACACAUGUGAUAUGUAUUCUGGAUAUUUUCUGGGCAUAAAACUCAUAUGUAUAUACAUUGCCUCUUUAUAUAAAUGGGAUUGUAUAAUACAUUUCGGUUUACCUUAUUCUUUUUGAAGGCUACAUUAUAUUCCAUUGUCUGAGCAUAAUUUAAACAUUCGUAUAGUGAUGAGUGUUAAGGCUGUAUCCAUCCAUUUGCUAUUAGAAAGUUGAAAUUAACAUCUUUGUGUAUAAUUCUUCAUCAGUUUGUUCCAGUAAAAAUAAUUGGGCAGAUUUCUAAAUAUGUAA